UAUCAAUUAUAAAUACGGUAUGGUAUAAUAAAAAAAAUCCGAAAAUAUAUAUUUCCUAAAAUAUUUCACUUUAUUAUUUUUUCCUUAACGUAGUUCAUUGAUUUUCAAAGUGAUUAACCGUGUUAGUGAUAAAAAGCUGCAAGUUUUACAGCUCGCAUUUUUAUCAAAUUAAUAAACUACUACUCCUUUUUCGAAAUGAAUAGAGUUGUUAUUAGCACUAAAAGAAUUCACAAAGAAUUGCAAGAUUUAGAACGUAACCCGCUGCCAUUUUGUGGUGCUGGUCCUAUUGAUAAUGAUCCUUUCCAUUGGCAUGCAGUAAUUAUGGGUCCUGUUAAUUCUCCAUAUGAUGGUGGUGUAUUCUUCCUUGAUAUUCUUUUCUCUACAGAUUAUCCUUUCAAACCACCAAAGGUGAAAUUCACGACAAAAAUCUAUCAUACGAAUAUUAACAGUAGUGGAGCUAUAUGUGCCGAUCUUCUAGAAAAUCAAUGGUCACCGGAACUUACCAUCUCGAAGGUACUCAUGUCACUCCAGUUUUUUUUGAUUGAACCAAAUCCGGACGAUCCACUCGUACCCGAAAAUGCUUAUGUGUAUAAGACUGAUCGUUCUCGUUAUGAAGAUACUUGCAGGGAAUGGACACGCAAAUAUGCUAUGUAAACGACCUAAACCGAUUCAGACGGUCCAUCAUUUGUUGUAAAAUAAUUUUAUUAUUCGUAAUCUGUAUAUAAACUUACUGUAUAAAUAUCAUCCCGGAAUUGCUUGUAAUAACAUUAAGGAUAUUAAGAAAAAUGAAUCAUCAUAUAGUCAUUUGCAGACAUACAUUACAUUUUUAUUUUUUCAUAUUAAAUUAUUUCAUAUUUUAUUAUUUCUUUAGUUUAGUUAGUGAGUGGGUUAUGAUAUUCAAUACUUCAGAUAUUCAAUACUUCAGAUAUUCGAGAUUUCAGAUAUUCGAGAUUUCAGAUAUUCAAGAUUUAACUGUUAAAUAAAUAUAUAACCGUUAGUAAUAGCUAUUUGAUUUAUUUUAUAAAUUGUAUAAAAAUAGAAAAGAACGCGGUAGUAACGUAGUAACGAGAAGAAUAAACUUAUUCUUUGUACAGAUAAACGACAUUUC